AUGCUCGACUACAAACCAGUUGAAACUCCAAUGGAGCCAGGCUUGAAAUUUUGUAAGGACCGAACUGGAAAUCUAGUAAACAAGGAAACCUACCAAAGUUUACCCCAGGAGUUGGACUUAUAUUUAGAAAAAAAUCAAAACAGAACAGUGAAGGUUUAUACGGUUGCAAGUUGGGGAGGUGAAUUAACUGAUAGAAGGUCAAUUAGUGGCUAUUGUGCCUACGUUUGGGAUUCUGAAACCGUGCUGCAUGAACUUGAUCCCGCCAAAGUUUAUAUUGUUGGCAGAUUGGUGGACAGAAACCGGUGGAAAGGUAUAACUAUGAAGAAAGCCGAGGAACAGGGAAUUCGUACAGCAAAAUUCCCAAUUGGGGAUUCUAUGAAGAUGUCCAGUUCUCAGCUCCUUACUGUGAACCAAGUUAUAGAGAUACUCCUCAAGUUCCUCGAGACUAAAGACUGGAAAGCUUCUUUCUUUCAUGUAGUUCCUCAGAGGUGUCUUGAAGUGCUUUCUCAUGACUAG